AUGGGAUCAACAGAAUUUGGCAAUUUUUUUAACUUCUGCCGAGACUCAACACUGCCCGUCUGCAAUGUGCUAUCCAACAACCACAGUCAAUCCGGGCCGUGGGACAAAUGCGUGUUGAAGGGAAUCUCUCUCAGUGGAGGCCGCAAGCUGGGAAAUCUCGGCUCGAUUCUCAUUGCCGCCCUUGCCAUCGUCGUGACGCUUUUUCUAUUACUUCGGUCUGAGCGCAAGAAAGCUGCAGUUGGUCGGAGAGAAAUGCAAUUGUUCCUCGUUAGCUUCAUCAUCAUUGAAAUUUGCGAAAUCUUCACCGUUGGAGACUUUCCAUUGGCUGAAAAUGUUCGAAUUGCUUUCACCGGAAUUCAUAUUGGUAUGAUUAUUGCGUCGACCUGGAUCCUAAUGCUUAAUGCGGUCGUUGGCUAUCAAAUUGUCGACGAUGGAACGCCAACGUCUAUGGGGUUGAUCAUUGCUUCAGCCACCAUCCUUUUGGGCGGUACACUCUACAUCACGCUUGACACCGGCUUCAAGUGGACGAAUCACUGGAAUUCAUCAUACAACCCGCCAAACCGCCAUAUCGCACUGUAUGUCUUGUACCAGCUUGCGCCGCUAAUCUUCCUCGUGGCGUUUUUCGUCCUCGAAGCUAUCCUAGUCGUCCGGGUUCUAGGCGAGAUGCGACCGAUGAUCUACCUGACCGCGGCCUUGCUUCUCUUUGCUAUUGGCCAAAUCUUCAACUACGUCGUGAGCUCUCACAUCUGCACUGGCACUGAUGGUGCAAUCGACGGUGCGCUCUUCGAAACCUUGUUCACCCUGCUUGCGGUCGUAGCAGUCUGGGUCUUCUGGUCCAGCAUUACCGAGGACGACUGGCCCAUGCCUGUCGGAAACACUUUCCCCUAG